GUCAGGCCCCGGGGACGCGCACGGGCUGGUCUCUGCCCUAAUGCGGCUGGCGGCGAGAGGCGCUGCAGGCGUAGAAGGGGACAAGUGGUGGCCCCGGCAACCGAGGACCCUGACUGCUCCUGGACCUGCACUGGAGCCGGAGUUUCAAGCCCUGGGGGGAGAGAGAGUGAGCAGUAGCAGUCAGAAGGCAGGAGGAGCCCAGGAGAGAGAAUCUAGGAAGGAGCAGAUAAAACCCGCAAAGAGGUCACUUGACUUAUGUGCAGUUUGGGAAAGUGGAGUUUUCCAUCCCUCUGCUGGCCAGGACAGUGCCUCCAAUACCGUUUCGAAAAGGAGGGUGAAUGAAAAAGAGAAGCUGAUCUCUUGCCAGACAGUCCAGCUCAAGCAACAGCAGGAGACGGCGAGGCCUGGAGGAAAGGGGAGCUGGGAUCGGGGCCCAGCACCCAGGAUGGCUCUGUGGCCACUUCUGUGGAUCCAUGCGACCUUCAUCCUCUGGUUCUUCAACCUCGUGGGGGCCAUUGAGGUGCCUCUGGACCCAAACAUUCAAAAUGAGCUAUCUCAGCCCCCAACUAUCACCAAGCAGUCAGUGAAAAAUUACAUCGUGGACCCUCGAGACAACAUCCUCAUUGAGUGUGAAGCUAAGGGGAACCCUACCCCCAGUUUCCAGUGGACACGAAAUAGCCGAUUCUUCAACGUAGCCAAGGAUCCCCGGGUGUCAAUGUUUCGCCGGUCAGGGACACUGGUGAUUGACUUCCGCAGUGGUGGGCGACCUGAAGAGUAUGAGGGAGAAUACCAGUGCUUUGCCCGCAACAAAUUUGGGACGGCCCUCUCUAACAGGAUCUUCCUGCAGGUGUCAAAGUCACCCCUGUGGCCCAAGGAAAACCUGGAUCCUGUAGUGGUUCAAGAGGGAGCACCCCUGACCCUCCAGUGCAACCCCCCUCCUGGGCUGCCAUCUCCUGUCAUCUUCUGGAUGAGUAGCUCUAUGGAGCCUAUUAACCAGGACAAGCGUGUCUCCCAAGGCCAGAAUGGAGAUCUGUACUUCUCUAACGUGAUGCUGCAGGAUGCCAAGACCGACUACAGCUGUAAUGCCCGCUUCCACUUUACUCACACCAUCCAGCAGAAAAACCCAUUCACGCUCAAGGUUCUCACCACCCGAGGAGUUGCAGAAAGGACGCCCAGCUUCAUGUAUCCUCUGGGCACGUCGAGCAGCCAGAUGGUGUUGAGGGGCAUGGACUUGCUGCUGGAGUGCAUCGCCUCAGGGGUGCCUGCGCCAGACAUCGCAUGGUACAAGAAAGGUGGGGACCUCCCAGCUGGCAAGGUCAAAUUUGAAAACUUUAAUAAGGCCCUGCGUAUCACCAAUGUCUCCGAGGAAGACUCUGGGGAAUAUUUCUGUCUGGCCUCCAACAAGAUGGGCAGCAUUCGGCACACGAUCUCGGUGAGAGUAAAGGCCGCUCCCUAUUGGCUAGAUGAACCCAAGAACCUUAUCCUGGCCCCAGGUGAAGACGGGAGGCUGGUGUGUCGGGCCAAUGGAAACCCUAAGCCCACUAUCCAAUGGCUGGUGAAUGGAGAUCCUUUGGAAGUGGCACCUCCCAACCCAAGCCGUGAGGUAGCUGGAGAUACCAUCAUAUUCCGGGACACUCAGAUUGGCAGCAGCGCAGUGUAUCAAUGUAAUGCAUCCAACGAUCACGGUUACCUUCUAGCCAAUGCCUUUGUCAGCGUUCUGGAUGUGCCCCCUCGGAUGUUGUCACCUCGGAACCAACUCAUCAAGGUGAUCCAUUACAACCGGACUCGGCUGGACUGUCCUUUCUUUGGGUCCCCAAUCCCUACCCUCCGAUGGUUUAAGAAUGGGCAGGGGAGCAACCUGGAUGGUGGCAACUACCAAGUCCAUGAGAAUGGCAGCUUGGAAAUGGCCAUGGCCCGAAAAGAAGACCAGGGCAUCUAUACUUGUGUGGCCACCAACAUCCUGGGCAAAGCAGAGAACCAAGUCCGCCUGGAGGUCAAAGACCCCACCCGGAUAAUUCGGGUGCCUGAGGACCAGGUGGUCAAGAGAGGUUCAAACGUCGUGUUGGAGUGUCGAGUGAAGCAUGACCCCACCCUGAAGCUUACAGUCAACUGGCUGAAGGAUGAUGAGCCGCUCUACAUUGGAAACAGGAUGAAAAAGGAAGAGGACACCCUCACCAUCUUUGGUGUGGCUGACCGGGACCAAGGAAGCUACACUUGUAUGGCCAGCACUGAGCUUGACCGAGACAUAGCCAAGGCCUAUCUCACUGUGCUAGCUCAGGCUGUUCCGAUUAACCGUAUGGCUCCCCUUCCCAAAGAGCGACCAGAUCCUCCUCGAGAUCUAGAGCUGACUGACCUGGAGGAGAGGAGUGUGAGACUGACCUGGAUCCCUGGGGAUGACAACAACAGCCCCAUCACAGAGUACAUCGUCCAGUUUGAAGAGGACCAGUUCCAACCCGGUGUCUGGCACAGCCAUUCCAAACACUCAGGCAGCGUCAAUUCAGCAGUCCUCCAGUUGUCCCCCUAUGUCAACUACCAGUUCCGGGUCAUUGCCGUCAAUGAUGUUGGAAGCAGUCAUCCUAGCCAACCAUCUGAGCGCUACAGGACCAGUGGUGCACCCCCAGAGUCCAAUCCAGGUGAUGUAAAGGGAGCGGGGUCCAGAAAGAACAACAUGGAAAUCACAUGGACGCCCAUGAAUGCCACAUCUGCAUUCGGACCCAACCUCCGCUAUAUUGUAAAAUGGCGGCGACGGGAAGGAAGGGAGAGCUGGAACAAUGCCACGGUGUGGGGCUCCCGUUACACCGUGGUGCAGACCCCCGUCUACGUGCCUUAUGAGAUCCGAGUGCAGGCAGAGAAUGAUUUUGGGAAGGGACCCGAGCCAGACACCAUCAUUGGCUACUCUGGGGAAGAUUAUCCCAGGGCUGCACCCACUGAUGUAAAAGUUCGAGUCCUGAACAGCACAGCCAUCGGCCUUCAGUGGAACCGAGUCUACCCGGACACGGUCCAGGGUCAGCUUAGAGAGUAUCGAGCUUAUUUCUGGAGGGAGAGCAGCUUGCUGAAGGGCCUGUGGGUGUCUCAAAAGAGACAGUUUGCCAGUUUCUCCAGCGAUCGAACCCGGGGUGUAGUGUCAAGCCUGUUUCCCUACAGCAACUACAAACUGGAAAUGGUUGUGGUCAAUGGGAGAGGUGAUGGGCCUCGCAGUGAAGUCAAGGAAUUCACCACCCCAGAAGGAGUACCCAGUGCCCCCAGACGUUUCCGAGUCCGGCAGCCCAACCUGGAGACAAUCAACCUGGAAUGGGAUCACCCAGAAGAACACCCCAAUGGGAUCCUGACAGGAUACAAUCUUAGAUACCUUGCCUUUAAUGGAACCAAGACAGGGAAGGCUGUGGUUGAGACCUUCUCUCCCAAUCAGACUAAGUUCUCAAUACAGAGAGCUGACCCUAUAUCCCGAUACCGCUUCUCACUCAGUGCCAGGACCCAAGUGGGUCCUGGGGAAGUGGUCACAGAGGAGUCGCCAGCUCCCCCGAAUGAAGCUACUCCAACCCCAGCUCCUACCAUGUUGCCUCCAACUGCAGUCAGUGAGACAAGUGCCAUGAGCGGUACUGCUGUUACUGCCGUAGCUACCACCGCCGCUGCCACAACUGUCCCCACUGCUGCACCUACCACUACUACCACCACUGCUGCCACCACCACCACCACCACAACCGUCGCUCCAACUGCUUCUACUACCACUACCGCCGCCACCACUACCACGGAGAGCCCUCCAACCACCGUGACUAAGAUACAGGACACUGCCCCCUAUGGACAGUCCAUAUGGAACUUCACGGUGAAGGCCAACAGUAAAUCGGCCAAUCUCACAUGGGACCACAAUCUCGAGCCAGGAACUGACUUUGUGAUUGAGUAUUCAUACAGCAACCAGUCAGAAAAAAUUCACUCUAAGGCCCAGUCUUUCUCGGUGACCAACCUCAAUCCCGGGAUUUACUACUCGUUCCGGGUUUAUUCCCAAAACAGGCCUGCUAUCACCAGUUCCCUCAUCACUGUUCAGACCGCUGAUUCAGCUUCCACCAAGAACCAAGUGGACAUCGCCACCCAAGGAUGGUUCAUUGGGCUCAUGUGUGCGAUUGCUUUGCUGGUGCUGAUCCUACUCAUCGUCUGCUUCAUCAAAAGGAGUAGAGGAGGGAAAUAUCCAGUUCGAGAAAAAAAGGAUGUUCCCCUUGACCCUGAAGACCAGAAGGAAGAGGAUGGUUCCUUUGAUUACAGUGAUGAGGACAACAAGCCCCUACAAGGAAGCCAGACAUCCUUGGAUGGCACCAUCAAGCAGCAGGAGAGUGAUGACAGCCUGGUGGACUAUGGCGAGGGGGGAGAAGGACAGUUUAAUGAGGAUGGAUCUUUCAUUGGCCAAUACACAGUCAAAAAGGACAAGGAAGAGACAGAAGGGAAUGAAAGCUCAGAGGCCACAUCGCCUGUCAAUGCCAUCUACUCCCUGGCAUAGCUUGGCCCAUACAGACACAGCCACUGUAGUCAAUGGGGGGAGGGGAGGUGGGAAGGAAAAAACCCACUGCGGACUGACUACUAAAUCACCACCACCCAAAGGGAUGAGGGCAAUCAGAGACACCAGUGUCAGGGGAUCAGCUGAGCCACUUGUAUCUGUGACAGCCCAGCCAACAGCAAAGCCUCUCCCCUUCCUCUCCCUUCCCUCCCUCUCACCCCUGCCCCCCGGGUGCCAACAGGGUGAUCGCAGAGCUGGAGACCAGACCUGAGCUGAGCCAGAAGGGAACAGGUUCCUGAGGCUCAGUCAAAUACCCACCGUGAGCUUUCAGAACCAGACCAUCCCUGUCCCCUCCACCUUGCCCCCAAUACUCACACAAGUUACUUGGCAACAUUUCACCCUUUAGUUUCCUUCUAAGAAGUUAUGGUACCUCUCCCCUUCACACACCUGCACCUCCCCCCUUUUCACUUUUGUUCUCUUCAAAAAAAAAGGUUUCCACUUUUGUUUUUCUUUUGGAGAUAAAUCCCAGGAAGAGAAUGGAGGGAUAGCCCCUCCCCAGAGAGCAGCAAGAGACUGGCAAAAGGAUCAAUCAGCAAUAGGACAGAGAAUCUCUAGUAUUCAAACACUUCUGGGCCCCCUCAGUUCCAAAGGAUGCCUUUCCAGCCAUGUGCACGCAGCCCCCUUGCCACCUCGACUUUGGCCUUUGUCCACACUGACCUGGGCCUGGCUUCUUUCUGCAAAACAACAGUAUUUUUUUUGACAGAGGGAGGGUAAACAGCCUCUCUCUGGCUCAUGCUGAGAGCUGCACAUACAUCUUGCUACCACUCCCUUAUUUACGAUGUGGGGAUGUGACUCCCCGGCCUCCUCAAAAUAUAUGGAGUUAUUUUUAUCCUGAUGAAGAGGAUUUGGACUGUAGGGACAAGAAAGUGAUGCUUGAAUGAAAAGGUCUUUGACUCCCGCGACCCAGUCUGGGUACCUGAUGAAGGUAGAAGUGUUUGGGCCUAGAGAAGGAACAAAAGAAAGCAGCUUCUGGAUUUGGGCUUUCCUCCUCUCUCCCUCAUAAAACUCCAAAUUUGACAGUGGGUUAGGAGAAGAACAACACCCAAGAUGUCCGAGUCAACCCCUGACCUGGUAGUAGAUGAGAAAGAGUCCAGCAUGGCAACCCUGGAGGAGACCAGACCUUAUCCCAGGCAGAACAACCUACAUAAGCGUUGCCCGUUUGAGAGGUGUGAGAUGGCUCUCCCUCGUUUGCUAUCCAAUGCACUGGAUAUCAUCUUCACGCUCCCCAUUCAGGAGUGUAUCAAGACUCAUACUUUACAUGUCAUGUGAACAGUGGUCACUGGUGGGUUCCUGAAAGGCCUCAGCCACAAGUCUAUCCCCCCCCCAUACACACCCCAGACCAAACUGGUGUUACCCUUCUGUUGGGGUAUUUACAUAUCAGAAGAACCUAAGGUAACAAUACUAACAGCACUCUACCACCUCUGCCCAGAUAGGAAUCCCUCUCAUUGCAAUGUUCUCCCUAUGCCUUACCCAGCUCCCAGCUAUCCUUGGAGUUCUGGGGUUUCCCAGUCCCUCGCUGCAAGCCCCAGUGCCCCUGAGGCAUCAGACUUAUGGAUAAUCUGGCCACCUAUGCAGUGCUUCACAGCAGAAGAAGAAAUGACCACUCAGCGCCAAGCCUGGACCUGUGGUGAGAGGAAUCAUUUUCCCACCAGCAGUGAAGGGGACGGUGCUGCCUUCCUGGUUCCCACCAAGCGAGCGCAUUUCUUAAAAACCAAAGUUACCUGGCCUGUGUGCGAGAGAGGGUGGGUGUUCCAUAGCUGUAGCACCUCUCCAGAGGAUGUUGCUAUUUCGCCUGUCAUGGAUCAAGUACCAUACUAAAGCUUGAACCAGCCACUGGUUGGUAAAAGAGCCUUGGGGGUGCCAAGGCUGAGCCCUCCAGACCCGUUGUUUCUCAGUGGCAUUUGCCACAUCUCCGAGACCCAAAGGUAUUAACAGCAAAACUACUUUGUGUGAUGUGAAAAUCAUUCAGAUGAAGCUUAAACUGUCCUGUGCAACAGGACAGGUAGGGAAACAUGCUGGAGAGCUAGGCUGGGUGCAUUAUUCAAACUUGAGAGCAAUCAGAUGCCCCAUGGACUGGACUGGUAUAACACCAGGCCUAUUUCCAUAGGAAGAUGCUCUCCAGUGUUGAAACAGGGCCGGGUAAAAGGCUAGGGGGGAGCAAGUUCAGGACCUCCUUUGCUCCUAUAUAGAGGCAACAGGCCAUUCUGUUGGAGGCAUGGGGGACCCCAAAGGGAAGGAUGUCUUCCUCCAGAGAUUCCCCAUGAGACUAUUUAUGAGCCUUUCCAGCAAGGACCUUAAGGGAGCAAAAGACCAAAGCCUUCUUUGGUCCCUUGUUCUGGUGUUCUGACAACCUUGAUUUUCCUGACUGUGGAGGCAGUAAAGGUGCUGCCCCUCUCCAAAUCAUUUGUGAGAUACCUGUUCAAGGUUGGGGAUUCAGCCUGCUGCUGGGGAAGCAAGUGUUCUCUCCAUACCCAGCUGACUGACCCGUGCUUCAUGUGCUCCAUCAAAUCCAUUAAGCACAUGGGCUCACCAGGGGCAGGGCAGGUCACCUGCAGUGUGGGCAGCUGCCUCGGGGAAGCAGAGCAUCAGGGAUCACCAGGUCAGGUACAACCCCAUGCUGGCAUCAGCCUCAGGUCAGCAGGCAAAUAGUAUUGGCCAGCAUUCACUACUGGGCUGGGUCUCUCAUGCAGUCACCAAAAUACAUAACUAUAGCAGGUGCCAGGAGUUUAGAAGAAAAGAAAACAUAACAAAAAAAAAGCCCAGGUGCUUCAGCCAGCGAGUCUGGCUGGGAUUGGGGGUGGGGGGUGGGGGUGGGAAUGCUGGUCAUCUUGCCAGGGCUUAAGCAGUAUCAACGUCAGGCUUGCUGUUGGGGAAUAAAGCCAAAUUCAGCUGCCCAGAAUGUCUUGUUCCCUCCCCUCCCUAAUUGUCCCAUCAGAAGGCUGUUUAUCCUCACCUUUAGACCACAAGGACUGUGACUUCCUCUGUCUUUGAACAAAGUGGGUAUUGAAUUGUUGACCACAGUCCAUCUUGUGAAAGCUUAAUAGCUCUUUGGCUUCAAGCCCCAGGGAGCAGCCCAGAGAAGACAAGCCGAGCUCCUUGUUAAAACACGCGUGAAGGUGACCAGAAGAGUGGGUGCAGGGGAAUUCCCGGGUUCCCUUCCUAGAGGAAAUGCCUUGCCACCUUGGUUAAGCUGACCCGGCUCCUUGUGCCUCCUCCUUCAACCCAAGAGAUUUCAGAGGUAAUGCAUGGAUAUGGCGGUGGCAAGAGGUACUGAUCUGUUCCUUCUCUAUGUCUCUUAGCCUUACCAUGGAAAACUUUGUGGGUUUUUGGCUAGAGUAUUGUGAGGGGGGAGAAGAGAAAGAAGAAUCUGCUUUCUUGUAUCUCGUGUUUUAAUUGAGAUCAAGCUGAAAGGAGAACCAGGCUUAACUCAUUGCAGGCCUUUGGCCAUCCCAUUCUGUUCAUUCUGUUGAGAUGAAACUGUUACCCCUUUAUAUUCUGGCUGCCAGGGGCAUCUGUUAUACAGUCCACAUGGAGAGAGUAGGGGCCUGAAGAACCAUAGGACCCAAGGAGAGUAGAUCCAUCCAUAUUGUAUGAAUUAUCUCUCGUGGAUCAGAAUCCUUUGCCAAUACCAAGAUUUUUGAGGGACAAGGAGUACAUCUUUGUCCUGGACCUGAAUAUUGAAAUGGCAUCCAGGUUUCCCUUGGGUCACAGACCCAGCCAACAUGUUAGCAAUACUGCUGCAAUAUUAAGUCUCUUUUCUUCCAAUGACCUCUUUUCUUCCAAAAAAAAAAAACACCAAUACAUAGAAAACCUACUAAAGUCAGUUCAUCAGAUUUAGCACUUAGAAGAGAGCUUGGAGAUCAUCUAAUAUGAUGACCUCAUUUUACAGAUGAGCAGACUGAGACCCAGAGAAAUGACUUGCCUAAAUUCUCACUGUGUCUAAUCCGGGAUUUCAGUGACCUGUUAUUCUGACUCCGAUUCCAGAGCUUUUUUUACACUAGACCCUAACAUGAACCUUCUUUAAAUACCUAUACUGGGUGCAGAGCACUCUGCUAGGUGCUGGAGGAGGUAGAGUUUGCAUAAGACACAGGCCCUACCUUCUACAUAGCCCAGUUUAGGAGAAGCGUGCCUUCGAGAGAAGCAAGGGACCAUGGCAAGACUCUACAGGUCAGGAUAUAGAUGUGACAUGCGGGAUGGAUAACUCCAAAAACUUGAAAUGUCAGGAGAGGGGAUGCACAGAAUUCAGCUCCAGGCUGUCUGAGGCAACCCUCACCUUGUUCAAACCAAGGCAUUCAGAAGGGUCGAUUUGUACCCAGAUGCUACAGUGGCCCUCAUAUAAACCCUUUGGUGAAGGGCCCAAGGACUAAUGUGUCCUCUCUUGUUUAAGAGCAGUGUUAUCUGAGAUAGCUUCAGGCAGUAGAGAGGUCCCAGGUGCCCCAGCCAUACCCUAGGACCUGUGCCCUGCUUACAUCACAUCAGUAUUAUGUGGAUAUUCUAUCAGUGAUGGACAUGGAUGAAGGUUGCCAGUUUCACCUGAUUUGAAGAAUCCCUUUAUUCAAGUUGGACCCUGAUGGCCAGAUGUUUCCCUCCUAAAUGGACUUGCCCCUCCUGAGGAUGGAUUGCAGAUAGGAUUCUUCUGGUUCUAGGGAUUUGAUUUUAUUUUCUCAUGACUCAUGGCUAACCCAACCUUGCAUCUGGGAACCCUCCCAGGACAAAAGAAGAGAAUGAAUAAGUCAGUUGACUUAAAAAGAAAAAGAUGAACUGGUCAUUUAGCUGCAGAGGGCACACCAUGGGGUUCAGUCUAGGGUGCCCACUAGCAGGAUGGCAUCUUUUGUUCUGUUACGUAUCCAACCUUCUUAUACAUUAUGCUCCAAGGAUAGGCCUCCAGUCAUCUAUGCUUGUGCCAGCAGAGAGCUGAGGGGCAGUGGGAUGCUCUGCAUUGGGCCACUCCAGCCAGUCAGCACAAGGCAAAAAGACUUCGGUUAAGCAAUAAACACAAAAAUCUGGGAAAAGAAAUUCAGAGUUUUGUGUACUAUCAACCCUUUUCACAAAUGAAUACACACACACACACACAAAAGUGGAUGAACCUGUCCCUAUGUCUUUUUCUGCUCCCAGAAAGAGAUGUCCUCAGUCAGUGUUGUCCCUCUGCCCAGCUACCCAGCUCUUUGCCAACUUCUCCAUGAGCUCCUCUUGUUUGGAGGACCAGUCACCUAUCACGGGGCGUGCUAUAGUCUGCCCUGGUCCCUGCAGCCCUCGCUGCUCACUCUUUCUGUCCAUGGUGUCCCCUUUCCCUUGUCCUUCUCUCCCCUAUCCCCCAUUGAAGCCUAUUGGGCUUCUCUUUCUCCCCACCCCUUUACACUGCAAAUUCUCAUUGGUUCUUUGCUAGGGGAGAAGUUUUCCCCAUUUUUCUCCUUCAGUCUCCCACUCUCUCCCAUCUGUCUGCUCUUGUUUUCAUUCAUUAAAUAUUUAACUUUCCAUGGCAGACCUCAUUUUAACGCCUUCAUAUACACAUUUCCCACCCCUCUUUUUCUGAGUUAUUUUGCAUUAACCAACUUUGUCAGCAGUAGACGAGUAUCAGAGGCUGUCACAAGUGACCUACAGCAGGGAAGAUUUCUGGGCCAUGGAGAACCGUUUAAUUCAUGGACUUAUAAACUGACUGCAUGAGCAAUGAAAAGGCCAAAUUAUUCAGAUUUUUUUUGGAAUCACUGUAAAAAAAAAACCCGACUGAUUUUUUUUGUAUAGAGAACACUAAACGUAUAAUAAAAAUUGUUCAAAACCAA